AUGGCGUUAGUCCCUUUCCUUAGCCGCCUUAAAGCCAUGGUUUCGCCCGCGCGCUCCGAGCCGCCCUUCCCCGUAGAGCGCCUCCCCGACGACGUUCUCGCGCUCGUCCUCCGCGCGCUCUCGCAGACCUCCUUCCGCCACGCGCUCGUUUCCAAGCGCUGGCUCCGCCUUUCCACGGCCGCGCUCUCCCAUUUGACCGUUCAGCAUCGCGGCUUUAAGACCUUUCUCUUGGAGAUACACAAUCCAGAGCACUUCCGCAACGCGCAGCUUGCGUGGCUUCCGCUUCCGCACCUCCUUUCCGCGCUCCGCCGCUUCCACGCCCUCACGCACGUGUCGCUGGGCAGCUUUUCCAUCUUAUCCGCCGACGGCGACGUGCUCUUCCAAUGUCUGGCCGCCACGUGUCCGCGACUGCUCUAUCUUACUGUCGAGCAUCAGUUUAAAAUGUCGGUUACUGUAGACGGCCUCGCGUCGCUCUUCCGUGGUUGCCGCAAGCUCAGGGAGCUCUUUCUGCUCACCACCAACGGCCUCCCGCAUCUCCCGGCGUCACUCUCGCUCCUAACAGAUCUCCAAACCCUCCACGUGUGCUCGAAUAUUCACUACGGCGAAGACAAGUUACAGGAGCUCGUUUCGCCGCCCGAGAGCAUCGGCGCGCUGCAGCAGCUGCGGGAAUUGCGGAUCAGCGCGGGAGCAAAUUUCCGCGGUCUCGAUGAGUGCGUGGGCCUUCUGAGCAACCUCCGCACGCUGAGCAUCAGUAACCUCUGGUCGGAAACUGUGCUGCCCGAAAGCCUGGGUAAUUUACCCCGGUUGAAAACGCUCGAGCUGGAUCUGCCUGCACUAGAGCGUCUGCCCGAGAAAUUCUGUGAAGGCAGCCUGCCAGCAUGCCUGGAAAAGCUGAGUCUGUCGCGGUGCGAGAAGCUACAGGAGCUUCCUCCCUCACUGUACACGCUGACUCGUCUAGAAUCACUCCAUAUCGAGUUAUGCUCCCUUAUAGAGUCCCUGAAGCCGCUGAUCCCUCCACACCCCCCUGACGGCUCCGAAAGAAAGUCAGAAUCGUUCAGUCCGGUUGAAAUGGUGAUUACGGCUGUACUCUGCACUGCUGCAGUCUUUGCCGCAAUGCUGCUGAUCUCCAUACCGCUCCUCACCGUGCAAGAGAUCAUAGCACCGGCCUCCACCGCACUGGGCGUCCGACCUCCGGUGAUGCUUGUCCCUGCUGCGCUGCUCGCUUCCGCUGCGGCAAGCAGCAACAACGUCGGCGCAAUCCUUGGGUCGCUGCUCCUUGCAGUGGUGGUUCUGCUGGUGUCUCUGACUCUACACCAAACAUCACCGCGCAACACCCGGGCCUAG